GCUUACGAAAUGUCAUAUGUAUAGUUAAUACGUGUAUUACUUUGAAAGGUCAGUCACAAGUCUCGUUUUUCAGUUAGGCUAGCUUGUCAGUUGCCAAAGAAGCUAGCUAAGGGUUAGGGCGGAAGGAGGAGUCCGGGGCAAGCUGGAGGGGGACAUCAUGUAGUUUGUUCAGCACAGGCUGCGUGACUUAAAAUACCUCGGUGUUUCCCCCCGUUUGUUCGUUUUAAUACGCAUUUUUGUGUUUUUAACUUCUAACCGACACCAUGUUUCUGCGCGGAUCUAAAAAGCGACGCUCGAACCGCUCGCAGGAGGAAGAGGACCCGGACAGAGGGCAGCCCUGUCUGCACUGUGGAGACCAGUGCCCCGGCUUCCGUGUCCACGGCUGGAGGAAGAUCUGUGUACACUGCAAGUGUGUGCGAGAAGAGCAUGCUGUGCGCUCGGUGCCAGGCCAGCUGGAAAAGAUGAUGACGAAGCUGGUGUCGGACUUCCAGAGACACUCCAUCUCCGAUGACGACUCGGGCUGCGCCUCCGAGGAGUACGCAUGGGUCCCACCUGGUCUCAAGCCCGAACAGGUAUACCAGUAUUUUAGCUGCCUUCCAGAGGACAGGGUGCCUUAUGUGAACAGUCCAGGGGAAAGAUACCGAAUCAAACAACUGCUGCACCAGCUUCCAACCCACGACAGUGAGUCCCAGUACUGCAACUCUCUGAACGAGGAGGAGAAGAAGGAGUUGCGGUUGUUCAGUCAGCAGAGGAAAAGAGAGAGCCUCGGCCGGGGCGUCGUCCGCCUCUUCCCUCUAACUAUGACGGGAGCCAUCUGCCAACAGUGUGGCAGGCAGAUCUGCGGCGGGGACAUAGCGGUGUUUGCCAGUCGGGCAGGACACAGCAGCUGUUGGCACCCCCAGUGUUUCCAGUGUUCCACCUGCACUGAGCUGCUGGUCGAUCUGAUCUACUUCUUUCAGGAGGGACAGAUCUACUGCGGCCGGCACCACGCUGAGAGGCUCAAGCCCCGCUGCCAGGCCUGCGAUGAGAUCAUUCUAGCAGAUGAAUGUACGGAGGCAGAAGGAAGAUACUGGCACAUGAAGCACUUCUGUUGUUUCGAGUGCGAGGCUGCGCUGGGCGGUCAGCGCUACAUCAUGAGAGAGACUCGACCGUACUGCUGCUCUUGCUAUGAGUCCAUGUACGCAGAGUACUGCGAUACCUGUGGAGAAAACAUAGGUAUCGAUCAGGGCCAGAUGACAUACGAGGGUCAGCACUGGCACGCCGUGGAGACGUGUUUCUGCUGCGCCCGCUGUCACCUGCCUCUGCUGGGGCGCCCCUUUCUCCCUCGAGGGGGGCUCAUCUUCUGCUCCAGGGCCUGCUCGCUGGACGAGGACCCCAAUAACUCCGACUCGUGUGACUCGGCGCUGCAGAGCAAACCUCAGCACAGAAGCUGUGACCCGGCAGAGAAACACCAGCAGCCACAGUGCGGUUCCCCGCUGCAGCCACAAGAGGGCACCAACCCUCCUAUAACUCUUGGAAAAGACUGCAUUCACACUGCAGUGGAAAACAGAGGUGUCCACUGCACCGCUCCGGUUCAAAACGGACUUCCUGUAACCAUCGGUCAUCCUCAUCCAAGAGGCUCCUACUCACCUCUUCCCCACAUCCAUCUAGGAAAUGGCUUAGGUCCAUCUUGGCCCAGCGACCUUCCACAUUACAGUUUACUGCCAGGGGACUCUGGUAUUAAAGCUCCCGUCGGGGGUCUCCAGUCCCAGCGAGAGCGGAAUGGAAACACUGGACUAACUGGUCUUAAUUCAAGAGGAACCUCUACCGCUAAAGACUGUAGGAACUGGGUGGAAAGGACGAAUCAAGUAAUGCAAGUGUUUCCUCCUCAGAAAAACUCGCACAUCAUUUCGCCUGAGUCGCCCCCCCUCCUGCCCAGCAACCCAACCGUCCUCCCACCUCCUCUGCCCGUUAAGUCUCGUGACUUAAUGCCCCGGGACUCACCUCCGCCAAACCUCCCCCAGCCAGGGGACAGAGCCUCUGAUUCCCCGCCCCCGCUGUCUCGCACUGGCACAGCUCGGGUCAGCUUCCGAGAACCGAUCAGCAGCAGCUACUCUGUCGAUGAGGACGAGGACGAAGACGGGAACGAGGAGGAGCUGCGAGAGGGCGUGGAGAACCAGCAGGAGGAAGAUGAGGUGGAGGGAGGUUUCGGAAGCAGGUUGCAUCUACAGAAAGGCAUCCCACCGCAAAUGGAUCUGCUGGAUGGAUCUUCCUAUCACCAGCGGAGUCUGCGGCGAGGAUGGGGCCGUCGCCGCAUCCCCUCUGACCCUGCUCUCCACCCGGGUCCAGAGAGGCGCUCCCAACGCUCGCAGCCCGACCGGCCUCGGCUGGACACCCUGGACUGGAGAGGCGAGAAAGAGAGGGAUAACCAGGGCUCCGCCAACGGCUCCUCGCUGACCCUCAAGCCGAGCCGGUACAAACACGAAGACUGCUCCACGUGCUCUUCAUCCUCAGACUCGGAGGAAGAGGGCUUCUUCCUGGGCCAGCCCAUACCUCUCCCCCCGCAGCUCCGAAAGCAGCAGCCUGAGGAGGGCAAAGACCGAGACGGAGAAGAGGAGAGGGAGUCGCAGAGAGACUGGGGACUGAGAGGCAGCAUAAGGCGGAGAAGAGCUCACAGCCUUGGUGCAAAGGACAAAGAUAAAAACUGUGCUAUCUCCUAACCCCUAAACAACACAGCAGGUUAUUUUCUAAAUUAUGUUGCACAAGAAGAACUAUAAAGGCCCUUCAUUACUCUAGUAUUCAAGCUGUUUUACUGUUGGUAAUGUGCUUUUCGGAAAGGUGAACCCCAGCCGUUGUUCCUGACACGCUACGUAGCAAAAGGAAGCCCAAUAAACCUCGGAAAGGUUCUUACCUUCUACUUUACGAUACUGACUUCUCAUUGGGCGACCUUCUGUGAUGUCAGUGUGAGUAUGUGCGUAGUGAUGAACGCGGAGGGAUUUUGGUAACAUUUACUUUUGGAUUUUACAGAGGACUCACUCCAGUGUCUGUGUAAUGUUACCGCUUCUUAACCCCCCCCCCAUCAUUUACAUAUGCAAACCUCCAGCAGCACGCAGGACCAGGAGCAGACUGCCACUCCUCCAUUAUGGUUUGUGAAAGUAAUGAUUAAACAUGUUAUCUUUAACUCUACCGUAACCAUUUUUCUAUGUGCAAUUUUUAUAUGGCAGUAAUAUAUUACUUAUGAAUACUAAAUGGCCAAGUUUAUGGAAUGGAGUAUGAGCAACUUUGGUAGUUUUAUGAUUAUCAAAGUAUCAGGAGGAGAAUUAGGUUAUGUUCACUGCGUGUGUUUUAACAAAAUACUGCAAAAAUUUGUAUAUGUUCAUGUCUUUAAUCAAAAAAACACUUAUUUUUGUAUAUUUGGGGUAAGUCGCUGUUCUUUGUUACGUUUUUAGGUAAAAAGAAGAAAUUAUAAUUUCUGUUUCUUUUGUGUUCGACAACUUUAUGGCGAUAAUAAAUUUGUCUAAAUUGA